UUUAUGAGAACAGAUGUGAGAAAAUAUUCUUUGAUGUUAUAUGCUCUUUGUUUUUUAAUGUUCAGUGUGUUUUACAGACUGCAAUAUACAGUUAUAACUAUGCAAUAAAUAAGGCAAGCUGGAAAAUAGAAAUGCAAAUGAAGCAUAGGCUCCUCGGUGAUGAACCAUUUUUAUAGCAUAAUUCACAACAAAGUGAAGUUGCAAUAACAACGACUCUAAAUCCGGAUUAGAAGGCAGGGGCCAGACAAACCAGAUUAAUUCAAGACUUUUUGGAUUUGUGACUGGGGAAUAAAAUACAAGGUGCAUAAUGUCGUUUAUACUUGUAUUAAAUCUGUCACCAAUAAUACCCCUGAUGCAAACAAACAGUUAUUCAGCUAACAAAUGAACAUGUCUGCAUGUACUUCUAACUAUAGUGGGUAGAGAAAAUGGAAAUAUACAUUGUCGGCCAGUUUAUUGGAUGUAUCCAAUAAUUACUAAGUUGGAUCCCCUUUUACCUUCAGAACCUUCAUUCAUCACAUCAAAGAUGUUGCAGCUGAAGUCCAAACUCAUCAGACCAGGACAUGUUUCUCCAGUCUCUUCUGGUCCAGUUCUGGUGAUCCUGUGAUAAUUGUAGCCUUAAUUUCCUGUUAUUAGCUGACAGGCGAGACACCUGGUGUGGUCUUCUGCUGCUGGAGUCCAUCUGGAGCAGCUGUUAUGGUUCAUAGAUGCUGUUGUGCAGAUCUUGGAUGACUACGGUGGUUACUUGAGCUAAUGCCUUUCUAUCUGGAACAAUCCAUCCAUCCAUUUUCUUCCGCUUAUCCAAAGUCGGGUCACGGGGGCAACAGCCUAAGUUGGGUGGCACAGACUUCCCUCUCCCCAGCCGCUUGGGCCAGAUCUUCCGGGGGAAUCCCAAGGCGUUCCCUGACCAGCCGAGAGACACAGUCCCUCCAGCUUGUCCAGGGUCUUCCUUUAGAUCUGGACAUGCCUAGAAAACCUCACCAGGGGGGUGUCCAGGAGGCAUCCUAAUCAGAUGCCCGAGCCACCUGAAUUGGCUCAACGAACAAGUCCUCUGACCUCAGCAAGACACACAGCAUCUUUUUCUGAUCAUUCUCUGUAAACCAACCAAACCACCAGAGUCUCUCAGAAUCCGAUGGUCAGUUUGAACAUCAGCAGAUUGUCUUUUCCACACCUAGAUUCCUAAACAAGCUGCUGCUUUGUGAUCGGCUCAUUGCAUGUUUGAGUUAGCAGCACAAAAAUGUAUUUCAGUUGUGCAAUACCGACUGUUCAAAUGAUGGACAAGGAAAAAGGUUAGUACCACGCAAGCAUUGAUCCUUAUGUUCUCAAUAAUGCUUUGCCUAACAAGGUCCACUGUGUGAUUCCACCACUGAGAACAAACGCCCAACUGAUGCAAGAAGACAUCAUAGAAACUAAUGAUUUUAGAAGGUACAUUUUUACAGGAAGGAAUAAAAUCUGAAAAAUGACAGCUGUUCUUAUUUCUGUGAUUUUGUUUGUACCACGGAGUUCGCUCUGUGAAUGAACUAAUCUAUAUAAAUAACGCACAGCUAUGACACCAACUCCAGCAAAUACCCAGGUCCCAAAACCCCCACAGUGACGUUUCCGGCUAAGCUGGCUAGAUGGCAGCAUCGAGCUAGCUGCUAGCUUGGCUGUACCGACUCCAGCAGAAACCCUACAGUCCCACUCCGUCCAGACUGUAAAGUUACCGCGGGCCUUGCUCAGCCUCCAGGAAGUGUCUAACUUCCGCAGAUAGUAGAACCAUACCUCUUUCUGUUGUUGCUAACAUCAGUCACAGCUAAAGGACAAGUUCCCAGGAGCUAAAGCAGGUUUAACAUCCAUGGCACCGAAGAGAAAAGCUGCUGCUGCCAAGGCAGGAGGAAAGAAGGUGAAGGAAGAGCCGGAGGCUAAGCCCAAGGAUGCCUUCACCUCUGCAAAGGAGGCCCUUCUGGCUGCUGGGCCACAAGUAAAAGGCAAAAGGAAAGUGGAUGAUCACUGUCCCCUGUCCUCCUCUGGAGAGGUUUACGAGGAUUAUGACUGCAUGCUCAACCAGACCAACAUAGGACACAACAACAAUAAGUUUUACGUGAUCCAAGUUAUUAAAGCUAACAACCAAUACUAUUCAUGGAACAGGUGGGGCAGAGUGGGAGAAACGGGACAGAGCAAACUGUCUGACUUCAGUAAGCUGGAGACGGCCAUCAAGGACUUUGAGAAGAAGUUCAAAGACAAGACCAAGAACAACUGGAGUGACCGGGCCGUCUUUGUUUCUCACUCUGGGAAGUACACGCUGAUCGAGGUGGAUGGAGAGCAGGACGCUGAGGUCAAGGUGGACAGUGUUGAUGGAAAAGCAGUCAAAGUCUCUAGAAAUGUCCAGCCUUGCACCCUCGACCAAGCCACGCAGAAGCUUAUCACUCUUAUCUUCAGCAACGACAUGUUCAAAGAGGCGAUGGAGUGUAUGAACCUAGACGUCAAAAAGAUGCCUUUGGGGAAGCUCAGUAAGGUGCAGAUUGCAAAGGGCUUUGAGGUUCUGGAGGAGAUUGAAGCAGCCAUGACUCAAAAAACCGGAAAGAAUCGCCUGGAAGAACUUUCAUCAAAGUUCUUCACAACAAUCCCACACAACUUUGGCAGAAACAGGCCGCCCACCAUUAAUGAUAAAGAGAUCAUCGCAAAAAAGAAGGAGAUGCUCAUGGUGUUGGCAGACAUAGAGCUGGCCCAGACUCUGAAGUCAGAGACCGAGAAGGCCGAGGAAGAGAUGGUAGAGACGGUUCCUCAUCGUCUCGACCAGGACUACGCGUCUCUCAAAUGCAAGCUCAGUCUGCUGGAGAAAAAUACAGAAAUGUUUAAGAUCAUACAGAAAUACUUAAAAGAGACAUCUGGUGAUUAUUUUAAACCACAAAUCAUCAACGUUUGGGAGGUCGAUCGCAGUGCUGAGGGACAGCGCUUCAGUGAGAAUGACGGUCUGGAGAACCGCCGGCUGCUGUGGCACGGCACUAACAUAGCAGUGGUGGCAGCUAUCCUGAAGAGCGGCUUGAGGAUCAUGCCCCAUUCUGGAGGCCGUGUUGGCUGUGGGAUCUACUUUGCAUCUGAGAACUCCAAGUCUGCGUGUUAUGUGCGACCUUCAAAGAACACUGGAGUGAUGUUUCUGAGUGAGGUGGCUCUUGGUAAGGAGUGCACCAUCACCAAAGAUGACUGUACCCUGAAGAAGGCCCCUGCAGGUUAUGAUAGUGUGGUGGCGCGAGGCCGGGUGGAACCAGAUCCGUCUAAGGACGUUGUCAUCACUCUGGAGGGAAAAGAGGUCACUGUUCCUCAGGGGAAGCCCAUAAAUCAGCCCCAGUACUCAGACAGCUACUUCAGCAACAGCGAGUAUCUCAUCUACAAAGAGAGCCAGUGUCGCCUUCGCUACCUGCUGGAGCUGAAAAUGCGCUGAUGACCUCAUCGACACCCGCGCAGGUUCAUUAACGGUCCAGGCUCUAGAUGCGGACGUCUCUACAGGAGUGCAUGAAUGCUUCGUUCUUUUCUGUGCCUUACACUCUUAUGCACAUGUGGUAGAAUGUAUUGAAACGUACAAUCUCCCUAUUUUGACCAUUCACUGUAAUGCUGAUGUUGGAUUGUCUUACGAUGUUUCGAAGUUUGGAGUUUUGCACACUUGGGUUUUUGAACUACAGUACGUGUCACUUUUGUUUGUGACUGAAUUGUUAUUUCCUUGCAAAUCAUGGAGCAGAGUCAGGUUUAUGCAACCACUGGUGGUGGGGGUGGGGUGGGGGGGUCUGUGAAUGCUAAUGUCAAAUUAAAAGAAAAUUCUGUCAAGUUUCAUAUCUGGGACACUUUCUUAAACAUGGUGGUGUGAGGGGUUGACGUCAGAAGAAGACGCUUUUUUUCUAGAUGAGUCUAGAAGUGUAGACGACUCAAAACCAGUUGGUUUGAAGAUAAUUACGUAUUUAGAGAUAAUUUAGCAGCUGCUUAGACAGUAAGAGGGAGCUUAUGAAUGUGUGUUUGUGUUUACAGAAGUAUGAAGCUGGUGUUUCAACACCUGUUAGAAGUCUGAUGUUUACUUGAACUGUAAGAAGACUCCUGAUGAUCAGACCUAAAUUACUAAUAUUACAUUCAGACACAGGUUGUUUCAGACAAAGCCAGUAAGUAGAAGCCUUACUGGUCUUGGUCUUGAUAUCUUUGCACUAAAGCUGGAUUAAAUGAAGAAGCUUCAA